AUGCUUCGCGUGAAUGCAAACCCAUUACAAUUUUAUCGUCAUGGCAUUUCACAUCCUUGGAAAGUGUUCUGCUCGCCUCUACAUUUGAAUCAUGGUGUAUUAAUUGUUGGCUAUGGUGAGGAAAAUAAUAAACCUUACUGGAUUAUUAAAAAUAGUUGGGGUCAGAAAUGGGGUGAAAAUGGUUACUAUCGAUUAUACCGUGGAAAAAACGUUUGUGGUGUUGGUGAAAUGGCCACAUCUGCUAUUGUUUUCUAA